AUGCCUCCCGGCGACGUUCCUUUACCGGACAGCCUCGUGCCGGGCAACGGGGCUGUCCGUCCUACGUUAAACACCAGUGGCUAUGGAGGAGGCUCUAAGACGCAGACCCCCACGUCACCUGCAGAUAGCAACGUCCCGUUUGACUCGCCACGUACGCUGUCGGGCGCAAGAAAUGGGUCCGUGAACAGCCCUGUCGAUGGCCCUCCGAACGCCGACACCCGCAUGAGUCGAAAGUUUGAAAGAACCAACUCCGCCCCGCGCGACCCGUCCACGCCGCGCGAUCCUGCUGGUUAUUGGGAACGCUCCGCGCCCCGUGAAAGGUCUCGUCCGAACGGCCGCCCACACACGAAAUCGCCCGCUAGCACGUCCAGGAUCUGUAAAAAGUGUGGUGACCCCCUCACGGGUCAAUUCGUGCGAGCCCUGUCGGCGACGUUUCAUCUGGAGUGUUUCAAAUGCGAGGACUGCGGCCAAAUUGUGGCAUCGAAAUUCUUCCCCAUUGAUGCGGAGGAUGGCAGUGGCCAGUACCCUCUAUGCGAAACGGACUAUUUCCGACGACUCGACCUUCUUUGUCAUGACUGCGGCGGUGCCCUGCGUGGCUCGUAUAUUACGGCGUUGGAACGCAAGUACCACAUUGAGCAUUUCACCUGCUCCGUUUGCCCCACAGUCUUUGGUGCGCAGGACUCGUACUACGAACACGAGGGCAAAGUGUACUGCCACUUUCACUACUCGACGCAGUUUGCCCAGCGAUGCCACGGAUGUCAUACCGCGAUUCUGAAGCAGUUCGUCGAGAUUUUCCGCAAUGGCCAAAAUCAACAUUGGCACCCCGAGUGCUACAUGAUCCACAAAUUUUGGAACGUUCGCUUGGCACCGACGGGUCAGCCAUUGGAGCCUGUCGAAUCGGAACAGGAUGCCACUGACGAGGAGCGCAACAAGGUGCGGGAGGAAGAGGACGUCAUGGAGGAGAAGGUAUAUAAGAUAUGGAGCAUCCUCUCGAGUUUUGAAGAAUCGUCAGCGGCAUGCAUCUCCGACAUGCUUCUUCAUGUGAGCAACGGCACUUACGUUGACGGUGUUCUCGUUGCCAAACGAUUUAUUGGCCAUGUCGAUGUGCUGUUCACCGCAAUUGACCAGCUAGCCCAACUGAUCAAGGGGCAAGGCAUGAAAGAUCUCGCCUAUGGACGCGAAGCAAAGCUCCUUUGCAAGAAGAUUGUGGCAUUUUUCGCAUUGCUGUCGAAAACCCAGGAGACCGGUGUCCGGAAACUUGGGGUCACCCAAGAGCUCCUCUCCUUGGUGACGGGACUUGCCCACUACCUUAAGCUCCUCAUUCGUAUUGGCUUGCAGGGGGCCCUGAAGCUGGAGAGAGAGCAGGAACAUCCCGACGGCUUGCACCAUUUCUUGGAUCGCCUCGGAGAUUUAGAGGCACUCCGACCUAUCGAGGAAGAAGAAACUCCUUCAGAUUUGAUGACCGGCGUGGAAGUUCUGGCCGACCAGCUCUCCGACUGCUGCACCUCAUGCAAGGAACCCAUUGACGACGAAUGCGUGAUGCUAGGCGACAACCGAUGGCAUGUCAAGCAACCCCAUUUGAAAUGCUCAGGAUGCCAGAAGGAUUUGACCAUUGCUCUCCAGGACGCCUUGUGGAGUCCCAAGGAUAAGCGCCCCUUCUGUAAUAGCUGCGUCGGCCAACGUGGAAUUUCAGCCCAGACUCAGAGUGGAUUUAUUCGCGUGAGCAAGCUCCAGCAAUUCGUCUUCCUACUGCGAGUUGCGCUGGCACGACUUCUUACCGUCCUACAAGCUGGCGGCACUUUACCAUCCGCGUCAGAUGAUAAUUCGAAGCUACAAGAUGACCAGGAUGGCUCCCGGGCUCCACCCGGGAUGGUUCGCAGAUCAACCACACGAUCCAAGUCGUACACCCACGCAAACAGAGGAGCCCCCGAAGAGUCGUCCCUGGAGCAAACCGUCGGGGAGAUGCGACGCCUGCGCUCCAUUCGAAACGAGCGGACCUUAUCGACAACCUACAAGAAGGCCCGCGCGUCGCGGAUCAUCGACGGACCGGAAGGGAGGAGCGUGAGACCUGGCUCCUCCGGUGGCGAAGGCGCUGAUCCUCGCGGUCACGGAUUCCAGAUUGUAGAGGAAAAAGACGCAAAUGGCGAGACAGUCACCGAGCUGACUUUUGGUAACCAGGAUGCUCUGACUUUGGACGACAUUCCUAGGAUCGUUGCGGCGGAACAAGCCAAAGAGCAACGGCCCAACGCAUACAAGCAUGCUCGCACCAAGCUUGUCAACACGACCGAGCCACUUCCAAGGUACAACCAAGGCCACCAACGUGGUGUCUCUGAUGUUGGACUGGAAUCACAUCUCCUUGCCCAGGGUGGAAGAACCAAGAAAUACUUCUCCGAACUGUCAGCGUUGGAGUACUUUAUCGUUCGGCACGUUGCCGUAUUAUCUAUGGAGCCCUUGCUGGAUGGCUAUUUCACUCUGGAUGAGCUGCUGUCGUUGAUCGAGUCCCGCAAACCGACGAUCUGGAACAUCUUUGGCCGUGCUUUCAACAAGGAGGGCAAGAAAGUGGGAAAGAAGAAGGGUGUCUUUGGCGUCAGCUUGGAUUAUCUUGUCGAGAAGGAGGGUACGGAGUCUAGUCAUGGUGUUGGACCUGGUGCACUCCGCGUUCCUGCCCUUGUCGAUGACUCCGUGUCUGCCAUGCGACAGAUGGACAUGUCCGUGGAAGGUGUUUUCCGAAAGAAUGGCAACAUCCGUCGGUUGAAAGACAUUUCCGAUAUGAUCGACAACAAGUACGAACAGGUGGACUUGGCCAAGGAAAACCCCGUUCAAAUCGCGGCCCUCUUGAAGAAGUUCCUUCGUGAAAUGCCCGACCCUCUACUGACAUUCAAACUCCAUCGUCUAUUCGUCGUAUCUCAGAAACUCCCGGACCCAGAAAAACAGAAGCGAGUGCUUCAUUUGACCUGCUGCUUGCUCCCGAAGGCCCAUAGAGAUACCAUGGAAGUGCUGUUCGCCUUUUUGAACUGGACGUCGUCUUUCUCGCAUGUUGACGAAGACACGGGCAGCAAAAUGGAUAUCCACAACCUGGCAACCGUUAUGACACCGAAUAUCCUGUAUCCUAACACAAAGAGUAGCACCGUCGAUGAAAGCUUCUUAUCGAUCGAAGCUAUCAAUGCCCUGAUUACAUACAACGAUACGAUGUGUGAGAUUCCGGAAGAUCUACAAUCGGUUCUCAGCGACACCAAUUUCCUUAGAGAGAACUCCGAAGUCACAACGAAAGAGAUCCUGAAAAGAUACGGGGAUAUCGCACGUGGGAGCUUCUCGCAAAAGCCUAGCAACGGCGGUGAAACAGUCACCAUUACCAAUCCCAACAACCGGGGAGCGAAUAUUCCCACCUCUGCACGCAUUGAGGGCGAUCCAUCCCAAGACGCAGCGUGGCAGGCGCAAAGCUCUGUGCGUCACGUCCAAGGGUCUGGUAGCCAUGCGCAUUCCGCCAGCGCCACUCCUUACGGCGCGGAACUCGGACCUGUUCCGCCGGGCGAGCAGCGCGAGCGCAGUACCAGCAACAGCAGUCAGCCAAACUCGAUGCAAGGCGAGGGGCAACCCCAGCAGAUGCCUUACAGAGCUCGUCCGGGUGCAGGGCCCAUGGGAGUUGCCAGUUGA